AUGUCAUCACAAAGAAAACUCAAUGGAUACUUGGAACGCAAAGAUUCACUAAUAUCCGAAUACCAAGCCCUCAAAUCAGAAUUCACUCCGGAACAACAGAACCGAUUCUACAUCUUGAUCAAACUCGAUGAACAAUUGUACGAAUACCACGUUUGUGUCUCAUACCUUGAAUCACAACAAAUGACCCAUAAACCCAAACUAGAUCCAAAGGAUCUCAAAUCAUGGCAAACAAAGAUGAAAAUCAUUCCAGAAAAGAUUCGUCAACUUGAAAAUGAAAUUUUUGUUGACGAUUUGUUGACUACGGCGCCUAGAUUGAGUAUUAUUCGUAAAGAGAUUAUGGAUAAUGCUAAAGAGGCAGGAAAAAUUAUUCAUAGUUACGAAGUUAUGAACCCAAAGCAAGCUUGGCAUUUCUUGGAUGAUCGGAUAUAUGAGUUGAAAACGAAUCUGGAUAGGGAGCUGAAGCAAGAGAAUGUGAAUGAGACGGCGAAAUAG